AUGUCUGUGCAGCAACUAGAAACAGUACUAAGAAGAAACUGGCGCAGACUUGAUAAGAAAGCAUACCAGAGCGCGCUUAAGCGAGCCCUACCACCACUACGUAGACCAACUAACAAGACCACACUUGACAGAUAUGUAGAAGAGUUGCUGGCAGCCAUCAAACAGGCAGUUAAGGAAGCAAGUACACAAGACCGAAUAGAGCAGGCGGCUCAGUCGCCGCAAGCGCUGUGGAAGCUCGCCAGUUGGGCAAAGACAAGGGGAGACCGACCCCUGGCGGUCACGCCUGCCAUACGACACCUAGAUACACGACAGGAGAUCACAGAUCCAGCAGAAAAGGCGGACCUGUUUUAA